UUCUAUGGCCAGUUAACAGUGUAACAGUAUGCAUCGUGCAUAUCAACCUCACACUCCUGCAACAAACAAGUACUUGAAGAAGAAAUGGGACGUGACACAUUAUGAGAUGCACAGGAGAAAGGUUGCUACAGCAACAGCCGCUGUAGACACCAAAGGACUGCCAACACCAGCUCAUCUGCAUGUAAAUCUGAAGAAACUCCAGCUGGAAGAAGAACGGCUUGCCAAGAUAGAACGGGAUAAUCAGAUCCUUUCAUCUAAGCUGGCUUACAUUGUAAGAUCAAAAGGACUGGUGGAUCACAGGAAUGACUACACCGGAAGAAGUCUGAAUUCUGAGAAGCGUCUUCGUGAGUUCCAGAAAAUUUCAAGGGAUAAUCAAGCUAUUCUCCAACGGAUCACAAAUAAGGAAUCUGAGUACAGAAGGGAGAAAUGGGAGAAAGAGUGGGACAUAACCAAUAAAAGAUUGGAAAAAAUUACCAGCUAUCCAAGGACUGUGAAGAAAUCAAAACAAAAGGUCCACAUUCAGGAGGAAGAGGAAGAAACAUCACAUAAUACAGCUUAUAACAGAAAACGUGAGAAACAGCUUUUACCCAGUGUGGCUUCUACCAGAGAAUCUAGCAAGAAUGACAACUGUAGUGCUUCUUCAAGAGGAUCAGAGAGGACUAUCCAGACCUGCAUAUCUCAGCAAAGUGACUUCUCUCUUCUGAGUCUAUGUGGAAAAUCAGAGAGAAGUAACCAGUAUUAUAUACCCUUAUCUAAAGCCCAUAAACAGAGAACCUGGUCCAACACAUCUUCAUCUAGAGGACUUAAAAGAUCUGGUAAAUCUAGAGCAAAAGAAAGAAAUGAAUCCAGUGUAGCAUUAUCUGUUAAGUCUGAAGACAUUAACCACAGUGGGGAUGAGCUGAGAGAAUCUUUAUCUUCUAGGUGUAAGCAGAAUAAUCAGUUUAAAAUGUCCUCAGCUAUAUGUGGGACAAGUGAUUGGUCUAAAAAAGUCUCAAAGGUGUGGUCUAUAUCAGGUGACCAGAUCAGGGUAGUUGUACCCUUAGAGGUUCACAGAAAUAAGGAAUCCAUGCAGGCCUCAUCAAUACAGUCUGAAAGCUCUGAAAUAUCCAGGGUGCCAUCACCUACAGAAUCUGUGAGUAGUCAGGAUUCUAGAAUGUCCUUACCUACACAAACAAUGAAGAAUGCUUUGUCUUUAUAAUAUACUCACUCAAAGUGUUUUACACAUAUAUGCCCAGAAUGACUUCACUCUGUAAAUCAGGUAAAAGUUAACAGCCCAGAUUGACCUCACAGACUCUAUUAGGCAUACAAUUUUCUUCAGUAGUACCUCCAUCUCAGAUAACGAGGGAAUCCUAGGAUUCCCUGAAGACCUAGUUUUCAAUGACCAUACCACUGAUAAAGAUUCACCCAGUUCUGAAUAGUGAAUUCCUUUUCCUCAGGGAUGUGGAGAUUCAGACUUGGUUGUUUUAUGUUAGGGGUUGCAGAAUACUAAACUCUCAGCAUGGUUGGGGGAGGGGCUUUUCUACUUCAGAUCAGUCAAGUGUACUUUACAAGUCUGUUUUUGAAGAACCAUACUUUAUCCAAAAAUGAUGAUUUCUGCCUCCCACAAAGUUAAAAAAAAGAUUAACAUACUCUAGAAUUGCAGUUUAUUUUUUUUAAUUAUUCUCCUGUCUGCAAGCCAUCUUGCCUCUAUUACCUCCCAUUUAUUCCCAAUCAUCAGGGUGAGAGUCAUUCAUGACUUGACUGGCAUCCAGGUAGCAAUGAGGGUAAUUUCCCUUUUCUGACCUAACCCUUAUCUGGCAGUUGAUUUGAGGUCUUUCAGUACCUUCCCCUGUUCCACCCCAUGAAGGUUACGACUCGUUCAUAGCUUGGCAGAGCCAAGCAUAUCCCAAUUCUGGAGUGCUACAUGCCAUGCACCUCUCUUGUUAGUAAGUGCUGGCAUUACAGUGAGCCAUUGCUCUUCCAGUGCUUAAGUUUCUAGUCAGUCUUGAGUCAUCUGGGUCAUAGUUAGCACUCUGUCACUUUACACCAGUGACCUUACAGCAUUGUAUGUUUAUCUUAUUUUAAGAGAAUUCAUUUAAAGAGAUAGUGCCAUUAUUUAGCUCAUUGCUAGUUACUAGAACAGUAACAGUUCUAACCAUUUUAACCAUAGAAGCUGAUGAAACUGGCAUGAUCUUAGAAACUUCACAAAUGAAAACUGAAAACAGAGUGGUUUCCAAAAUGUCUCCAUUCACAAAGUCCAAAAGUGUGUCUGGUCACAUGUUGGGUCAUCUUUAGUGAUCUGAUAGUAUAAGAAGUCUUUUAGAACUUUUUAAUAAAAUCAGGGAAAAGUAGAUAUUAUCUAACAAGCUCAUCAACAUGUUCUCAACAUCUAAACAGAAGACAAUCUCAAAUUAUGUCUUUUUUAAUGUCUGUGAAAAUUAGCUAUCCAUUUAUAGACACACAGCAAGUAUCUGAGAAAAGUGGCAGAUUCCAAAUAAUCCCACCAGUGCAACAUAUAAAGCAGUUGCAACAGGACAAUAGCAUGUAACUCCCAUUAGAACCAGUAAAGCAUAAGCAGAUGCAUCCUGGACUGCAAGGUGACAUUGGUUUCACAUAACAAGGUGACAUUGGUUUCACAUAAGGUGACACUGGCUUCACAUAACAAGGUGACAUUGGUUUCACAUAAUCUUCAGCACAGGAUCUAUCACUAAUGACAAAGAUUAAGUAAGCUUCUCCAAGUUAUUACUAAAGAAUAAAAGAUCUAAAAUAACUUCCUGUACAGGGCCUCUGAAAAAAUGACUGACAAAAAAGUGUUUGUCAUUUGUUUGUUGACCAGGGUAGACAAGAGACAAUCCUUGGCAUAUCAUGACAGAUUAAGACAAAGUGAGAGGAUGAGACAAUUUGGAAAGGAGGGUAGGGGUUAAUCUCGUUCUGUUAGUAGAUACUGCAAAUAUGUGAAAACUAUAUAAUUUCUUAGCAACUAUUAACAGUGAAGUUCUGACAUGCCAUCUUGAUAUUGCUGGCAAUAGAUUUCACAAAACUUUUCAUUAAUUCAGUGCUAUGAGUACAUUUGCUCAAAUCUAGCACAAAGAAGUCGACAUGAAUUGUAUAUAUGAGCACUAGGAAUGGGUAAACAUUAAAUGAUCUGCAAAUAAAAAUUGUGACACUAAAGAAAACUCAAAGGUUGAACAUGAUGAAUAAAGACCAGCAAAAUUCCACCAACACUGAGUGAAUAUAUUCACAUGUCAGCAAACAGUAACAUCUGUGAUUCAAGCCCAGGUAGAGACAUUCUAUUAGGACUUGCUCUGCUUCACCUCAGUUUCCUUUGAAGUGUGUGCAGAGGUGUUAUAACUACAACCUCAAGGCACAUCUACUUACUAAUAUACAUGUGAUUUGUGAAGAAAAAUGAGAUGUCAAGCUGGGAGUCAGGUGACAGAGCCUUAUUAAUAAGCUUCCAUACAUUAUCUACUUUCAUCUAAAUUUGAGCACGCAUUAUUUUAUACUGUAUUCCUGCACUUUGGUGAGACUGUAUACCUGAAUCCUUAGAUGUCUAAUUUUUCUUCACAGCUCUACUACAAGAGCUUGUGUACAAUUGCUCAAUGACACUUACACUAAAUGGGUCUAUAUCAUUUUGUCAAAUGGGUAUUCAGUGAAUACCCAUUCAUCAAACACCUAAUUACUGAAGCUGUGUUUCAGCAAAUGGUGGCUUUUAACUAGGACAGACCAGUGUUUGGUCACUGUCUGAAAUUGCCCUUUUCCCCACUGUAGUGCAAUAUCAGAGUUGGUAUAUUUAGUUAGGGGGGUAUGGGGGUAAAACC